AUGAAGGGUCUCGGCAUUGCUUCGACCGCCAUCGCGGCCACGACUUUCCUCGCGAACAGCGUGAUCGCCGCCGAUCUACCAUCUAUCGUCAUCAAGGGCUCCAAGUUCUUCUACGAGAACAAUGGCACCCAAUUCUACAUGAAGGGGGUCGCAUACCAGCAGGACUACUCGGGCAAUGGUACUACCACUUCCGACGACAACACCUACACCGACCCACUCGCCAAUGCCGACAACUGCAAGCGCGACAUCCCCUACCUGCAACAGCUAGGCACAAACACCAUCCGUGUCUACGCCAUCAACCCGACCUCGAGCCACGAUGAGUGCAUGACCGCGCUCGCCGACGCUGGCAUCUACGUUAUCGCCGAUCUGUCCGCUCCCAUCGACGGCGGCUCAAUCAACCGCGACUCUCCAGCAUGGAACGACGCGCUGUACGAGCGAUACACCUCCGUCGUCGACGCGAUGGAGAAGUACACCAACGUGCUUGGCUUCUUUGCAGGCAAUGAAGUCUCCAACGCACCCAACAACACCGAAGCCAGCGCUUUUGUCAAGGCUGCCGUUCGUGAUACCAAGGCAUACAUCAAGGCACAGAACUACCGCACUAUGGGUGUAGGCUAUGCCACCAACGAUGAUGCCGACAUUCGUGAGAACAUGGCCAACUACUUCAACUGCGGAGACGAGGAAAACGCCAUUGACUUCUGGGGAUACAAUAUCUACUCCUGGUGUGGUGACUCUUCCUUCCAGAAGUCCGGCUACGACGUCCGCACUGAAGAGUUCUCCAGCUACUCUGUCCCAGUCUUCUUCGCCGAGUAUGGCUGCAAUGAGGUUCAGCCAAGAAAGUUCACUGAGGUCGGUGCCCUCUACGGCAACCAGAUGAACGACGUCUGGUCAGGUGGCAUUGUCUACAUGUACUUCCAGGAGGCCAACGACUACGGUCUCGUUACCGUGGACGGCGACAGCGUCAGCACCUUGGCCGACUUCAACAACCUGAAGACCCAGCUCGCCAAGGCCACUCCAACUGGUGUCAACUCUGCCUCGUACAGCCCUACCAACAGCGCCGCCUCAUGCCCAACCGAAGCCUCCGGUGGAUGGAACGCCAAGGCAUCUCCUCUCCCACCUUCACCAAACAAGGAGCUUUGCGAGUGCAUGUACAACUCGCUAGGCUGCAUCGUCACCUCCCAGACCGACGUCGAGGACUACUCCGACCUCUUCGGCACCGUCUGCGGCUACGGCGACGAGAUCUGCGCCGGUAUCAAUGCCAACGGCUCCACUGGUACCUACGGUUCGUACAGCAUGUGCAACUCCACCGAGCAGCUCGCCUUCGCUUUCAACCAGUACUACGUCAGCCAGAACAGAGCCUCCGACGCCUGUGACUUCAAGGGCGCUGCCGCCACCAAGUCCGCCACAUCUGCCUCCGGCUCCUGCGCUACGCUUAUGUCGCAAGCAGGCACCGCAGGCACUGGCACCGUCAUGGCAUCCCCAACCGCAAAGGGUGGCUCAGGCUCUGGCGGCUCUGGUGGCUCUUCUUCAUCUUCGGGUGCUGCUGGCCCAAUGGCUUCCGUGCCAAGCGUCGAGAGCACCCUUAUCCCCGUGGCAUUCUUCGCGACUCUUGCUGCGCUUUCAGGUAUGGGUAUGAUCUUAUUAUAG